AUGGCUCAGUCGACUGGUAGUCUUGUCGACCAGAUCGCCCAGCUCAACGCUGCCCGAACCCUCGUUCUGGGCGAUGCCGCAUUCUACCCACAAAUUGUGAAUGGUGUUCUUCCUAUAAUUGGUGCGCGAUCGCGAUUGGAAUUACGACGAUGGGGUGCAGAAUUCUUAGCGGAGACCUUCUCCAGCCCGGCGCUGGCUCCAGCUCAGAAGGAGCAGCUAGCUGCCAUUGCUUUGCAGACACUACGAGAGACGUUGGAGUUGCCGGAAAAGGAUACUGUGACUUUGAAACAUAUAGUGGAAGCUGCGGCCAGUUUAUAUCCCCUGAAGUGCGCAGGAAACCAAUUUAAGCCGGCUCACUGGGGAAUUGUGGGAACUGACACUCUUGAUAAUUGCAGCAUCAACCACCCUGAAGACUCCAAAGUUUGGGAGAAUAUGACCGCUAUUAAGGACGAUAUACUCCGGAGAUGGGAUACGUCCCCAUUCUCGGUGAAAGUAUGCUGUAUCAAGUUUGUACAGCGGGUGGUUCAAGUCCAGACCCACGGUCUAACGGACCCUAGAGUACGUACAGGAAAGAAAGAAAUGCCCGCUGUUCCCAAAGGAAAGACUGUUGAUGAUUCCCAGCGGCCGGAGCAGAAUGAAACGUCCUUGGCCAUUGUUCCUAGAAAUCAUUCCAUCCUCUCCCUCCCGUACUUAGAAGCCGAGGCGUCGGGCCUACUGGAUAGAUUGCUGUCGUCAAUUGUGCCAUGUCCCACUAAUGGACCCGUCAUCGUUAGCGACCCCCUCCUAGUGAAUGCGACGUUGAACAGUCUAGCGAUCCUGAUUCGAACCCGACAGUCCAUCGGUAACAAGAUUAUCAACGCGAUCCUAAGCUUCGUUCCUGCAAGACAAGCACGCACCCCGGUGACGCCUGCGGUUCGUGUUGGCGUCAAGUCGAUGGAGCGCACGGCUAGGGCCCUCAUGAUCAAUAUAAUGAAGAGAAAUCCUAGCCAUCCCCUAGCAAGCAAAAUGCAGCAGCAUAUCGAGCGCUUGAUGCAGUCGCGCAUAGAAACCGUUGAUGAUAGCUCGAAGAAGCGUGGCCUACCGACCGAGCCAACAGAUGGUCUGGACAAUUCCAAGCGGGCAAAACUAGAUGCUGAAUCCCCUCCACUGAUCAAGGUGUCACCGCUGCCUCCGGGCCCAGUCAGUUACUCACAGCUCUAUACGUUAACUGAAGACGCUGGCCUCUCCUCUUUUGAUGUGAAGCAACUACCGGUUGAGCUUCUUGUCAAGAUUGUGGUUCCUGUUUUAGCUCGUGUAGACCAAUCUGCCCUGCAGCAGGCCGUUGAUGGUGUACGAAUGCGGUAUCAGACGCUCCAGAAGCAGCAAGCUGCGCAGCCUCCUCCACCGGCAACGGGUGAAGAAGAAGACGAUGACUAUGAGCCCGAAUAUCAACCCAUGGACGUGCCCGAACAGGCGGCAGAGCAGGAAGACGCACUGUCGGCUGAACCGGCCGAUCUUCAGCCCGACUUGGUGUCACUCGGUCCUUUUGUGCUCCCACAACCUCCCCCACUAUCAGAAAAUGAGGCUGCAGAGAUCGGCCGAAGUGCCGUGGGAAGAGUGUUUGACAUGCUUGCAUCGAGCGGUGUGGCGCCAAAUACUGGAAAAGGAAAGAGCCAGCAACACCUAGGUUUCUCGAGGCUGGCUGGCAGCACCUUUGAUCGGGACGCCUGGGUAACACUACUCACCCGACUCGCGACGCGGGCGCCUGCUGGGUUAGAGGUAGACCACAAGAAGAACGAUCAAGACCCGUCGUCGAAGAGACCGACGAUAUCCGAUUCUAUACGCGAAACAUUGUAUCGAUAUAUACUCGAAGAUUUCAGAGGCCGAGUAAAUGUUGGAAUCAUGUGGUUGAACGAGGAAUGGUACAAUGACCGAAUUCAAAUGAAAUUUACCGCGUCCCAACGAGGUGAGGAAGAUGAGGAAUCGUCGGUGCCAUUGCACUACGACCAGUGGUCACUGCGGCUUCUGGACGGAUUUUUGCCGUAUCUGGAUUCUCGGGACACCAAGAUCUUUAUCCGGUUCCUCAGCGAGAUUCCAGAGGUAACCAUUCCCAUCACAAAACGGGUAGCCAGUCUCGCAAAAGAUCCUGAGAGAGUGAAUCUCUGCAUCCAAUCGUUGCUGUAUCUGAUUAUGUUCCGGCCCCCGGCGCGGGAAAUGUGUCUCAAUGCCGUAGAGGAUGUUUAUCAGACAUACGAGGAAUCACGACCCGCCGCUGGUAAAGUCCUAGCCAGAUGGCGUCCGCAGAGCACAGCUGUACAGCAAGCACAACCCGAACAACAAUCUACCUUGGUGAACCGCACAGUUGAAUCAGAGAACAACACUCCCGUCGCAAACGGUGCUUAG